UUGCAGGUUUGGCGUGGUGUUCCUUACGCAAGACCUCCAACUCGGGAAAACAACCUACGAUUUCGUCGUCCUGUCCCGUUAACACAAACUAGCACCAAAUAUGAUGCCACUUAUUUUCGAACACCAUGCGCUCAACCGGAUGCCGGUCUCACACCAGACUCCUUCGACUGGACAAAAUCUCCACAUGAGUGGGCUAAGCGUGUGCCUCUGCGUCAAACUGAGGGUGGCUGGGAUGCAGAGAGUGAAGACUGCUUGUACAUGAACAUUUACACACUGAACGAAACCACACCGUCUGAUGGUGCUCGUCAUUCGAAUGCAAGAAAGAAAUUGCCUGUUCUAGUUAUUUUCGACGGUAUGGAUCAUCUGACUGGGACUGGAAAUCGCUAUCCGGGACACGCAUUAGUCCAAUUGGGUCUAGUAGUUGUGUUCGUAAAUUAUCGAUUAGGCCCCUUCGGUUAUUUGGCAACUGAGGUGCACUCUGACGGAGAUUGGAACAAAGAUGACUCGCCAGAUGUGGCCCGCGGAAAUUACGGACUAUGGGAUCAGCUUAUGGCGUUGGAAUUUAUUCAAAAUAACAUUCAUCUGUGGCUUGGUGAUCGCAAUCAGGUGACUGUGUUAGGGCACGGAUCAGGAGCGGCUGACGUCGCACUGCAUAUGUUGUCGAAGCAUUCCGGUCUUCGACAGCCUCCAUUGUUUCACCGUGCCAUGCUCCUAUCGGGUGCAGAUCAAAUGGAAGGAGGUUUCGUCCGAGAUCGAGAUGAAUCUGUCGCGUAUUCUGUAAAGUUGGCUCAACAACUAGCGCCACAACCUUUGCGUUAUCGAUUGCAAUCUCGUGACCUGUCCGUGCGCAGUGGUUCCAGAUUUGUGACCUCGGGUCAGCGCGUCGGAGGGCAAGCUUGUGUUCGUGUAGGCGAGUGUGUAGUUGUUUGCCUGUCUCGCCUAUGUAGUGUUGGUUGCAGCCCAGGCACGGGAUUGCGUAGAUUGCUCCUGAUCGUUCGUGCUGUUCGACUCGGUCCUUGCCGUUGA